AUGGAGGCACAUACGUGGCUUGUCCAUGAGCUGCGCAUCCUACAUCGUGAUAUCUCACCUUGUAAUAUUCUCAUGGAGAGAGAAGCAGAUGAAUAUCACGUUCGUAGGGGAUACCUCAUCGAUUUUGACCACGCUCUGGAUUUAGCACGAGUGGAUCCAUCGCAGUCUCCGGGUCGUUCGUUUUUCGCGGCCGCCUUGCUUUUGGACCCGAAUGACGAAGACAAUGAAGUUUUUCAGUCAGAAAAGGAUGACACAGAGUCCCUUUUCUACUCCAUUGUCUAUCUAGGACUACUCCAAGCUCAGCACUCGCUUAGUGAUGAUCACGUUGCUUUGGAGGCGAAACUCAACUUCAACUUCGAGAGUACACUGUUUGAAGCGAAGGCAGGAUCACUUUUAUAUCGGGCAUACUCGAAAAUCCGUUGGGUAAACCGUGGCUUGCAAAAAUUCGUCGAGGUGCUGGAACCGGUCUUCAGGUCACGAUAUCUGGAAACUGAUAUCCGCCGGCCCAUGGAUCAAGCUAACAUCGUCAAUCUGGAUACGCGUAGCUGGAUGGAUAUGACAAUUCGGGAUAUCGUUCAGACAAUGCCUCCUCCUCCCGAAAUGGAGUUUAUCACCAACGAGCAUUAUCGUCAGGCUGCGGCUUCUACAAGGAAGAGGGCAUAUAAAACCCAGAAUACUGAAAAUCGACUCGGGCUUGAUGGACACCUCGAUAAGCGGCAGAAGAAAGAUAACUAG